UGUGCAUCUCUUAGGUCAGUGAAGCUACAACUUAUUAAGGAAGAGUGUUUGAGCUACAGACUUAUAAGUUAACGUUUAUAUCAUCUGUCUACCGUGUGUAUUUUCUCAUUAUUCGGGCCGGAACGAUAACACCACCAGCCUAAGCACCGUCUGUGAAGAAAAGCGAAGCCCAGAAAAGAUUAAGCGGACGUCUUAUCGCUUCGUUCCUUGCCUUUGUAUAUACGUAUAAAUAUAGUGCCUUGUAAAGAGUGUCUCGUGGAAUGUAAUGCAUUGAAGAAAAAGGGGAAAAGAAAGCGAGUGAGAUAAAAUGAAAGAAUAACGGGAAGAUGGAAUAAAAAGGCAAAAGAAAAACAGGAUAAUAGUUAGGAUGCAUUUCUACUUUCUGCUUAAUGUAACUGAAUAUUUCUUGUCUUGUUUUUACGUGAAUUCCAGUUCCUAAGUUUAAGUUUAUGGAAUGUAUUGUGAGAUGAAAUACGGUGAUAUGUAUCGGAAUACUACCUUUGUUGAAUUUGUGUAAAAAAAAAAAUAAUAAUAAUAAUACAAAAAUAAUAAAAAAGUAUUUCGAGAAAGGACAGAAAAACGAUGUGAAAAUUACAAUAACUAAGGAAAUGUCUUUUAGCCAAAGUGAACCCUAUUACUAAUUGACAAAAAAACGCCUCUCACUGAAGUGAUUUCUUGUUGCAAACAGCUCUGUUAAUGUAAUCUCGUUAAAAAAGAAAAAAAAAAAAUACUGCUACAGAAAAAAAAAAUACUAAACAAUUUCCCUGCAAAACGAGACAUCUUGUUUGUUUGCUUUUUUCACCAGAACAUUUUUCGUUCCUUCUUGAGUUUGACUGCAUUUGGACCUUUUCUUCUGAACAAAAAUGGAAGGCCCCGUGAGGAUGUCUGACAUGCUAUCCAACUCGCAGCCACAUAAUAACUACAACACACUAAACAACGAGGAGAAUUCAGGAUCGCCCAAUGAAAGCGGCUUCAUGGUUAACAAACGUGCUAUGUACGAGCCCGGGGCCGUGAUGGUGUGCUCCCAGAAACGGGCUUGCUGCGUCGUCACCCUCGGGUUCGUUGCCAUCAUCGCUGUCGCCCUCAUUGUAGCCUUCACUAAGCCAGGAUGCCCAGAGGCUACCUACACAGGAGAGCCGCUACCAGGCCAAAGCAUCCGGCCAACAAGCUCUCCCCCUACAACACCCCCUACUGCCACCAAUGGAGAGCUGUUCCCCUGGACGAGUGUUCGAUUACCCACACACGUUAGACCCUUACACUAUGACCUUAGCCUCCAUCCUAAUUUAACUAGUAGAUAUGUCAAAGGUGAAUUAACCAUCAAGUUAACUGCAAUAGAAGAGACACAACAGAUAGUCAUCCAUGGCCAUGAACUGAAUGUAACAUCAUAUAAGCUCCACAACAAAUAUGAAAAGCCAAUUGGUAUCAACAAGUUCCUUGAGUACCCCGCCCACCAACAGCUAUAUCUCAAGCUAGAUGAGAUUUUACGCCGAGGAAGCAACUACACACUGAGGUUAAGUUAUGAAUUCACACUGAAGGAGGGCCUUGAAGGAUUUUACCUGUCGUCCUACAAAACAGCGAGUGGAGAGAAGAGGUAUAUCGCUACCACUCACUUUGAACCCACGGCAGCACGUGCAGCCUUUCCCUGCUUCGACGAGCCGCAGUUGAAAGCCAAGUUCCACCUGGGUAUCUACCGAGAACCCCACCAAUUUACCCUUUUCAACAUGCCGCUGCAGACGUCGGUCAAAGCAGAGGAUUCAGAAUUGAUCCAUGACCAAUUCCAAGAGAGUGUGGAAAUGAGCACAUACCUAGUAGCCUUUGUAGUGUGCGAUUACGACCACGUGACCAACAAAACAAGCAACAAUGUUAGUGUCUCGGUCUAUGCUCCUCCUAUGAUGAUAAGCCAAGCCAGCUAUGCCCUGCGAAUGGCCACGCAGAUCCUUGACUUCUAUGAGACUUUCUUUGGGGUUCCAUAUCCUCUCCCCAAACAAGACUUGAUUGCGAUCCCUGACUUUGGAGCUGGUGCUAUGGAAAACUGGGGGCUGAUCACUUAUCGUGAAACUGCACUUAUGUUUGACCCCAAUCACACGUCAUCUCGAGCCCAGCAGAGAGUUACUGUUGUAAUUGCCCAUGAGCUCGCCCACCAAUGGUUUGGUAAUCUGGUAACAAUGGCAUGGUGGAGCGACCUAUGGCUUAAUGAGGGUUUUGCAAGCUUCAUGGAAAACCUGGGAACAGGUGUUGCUGAGCCAGGCUGGGCCAUGCAGGAGCAGUUCAUCGUGGAGAAGAUGCAGCCAGCCCUUUCCCUAGAUGCACUCCUGGCCUCCCACCCGAUCUCAACCCCUGUGGCCGACCCUGCACAGAUUGAAUCCAUAUUUGACACAAUUUCCUACAAAAAGGGUGCAUCAAUUAUUGGCAUGCUUGAGUCCUUCAUAGGGCAGGACAUGCUGAAGGCAGGAUUGAGGCUCUACCUCGAGGCCCACAGGUACGGUAAUGCAGCAACAGAUGACUUGUGGGAAGCCUUGACCAGGGUACUCAAGAAAUCUGGCCAUAAUCAUAAUCACAUCUGCUGUAUUGGUGCAUCAAUUAUUGGCAUGCUUGAGUCCUUCAUAGGGCAGGACAUGCUGAAGGCAGGAUUGAGGCUCUACCUCGAGGCCCACAGGUACGGUAAUGCAGCAACAGAUGACUUGUGGGAAGCCUUGACCAGGGUACUCAAGAAAUCUGUGGAAUUCGAAGUGGGGAAGGAGGUCAAAUGGAUCAAGUUCAAUGUUGGGCAACGAGGCUUCUAUCGGGUCACCUACGACGAGGGGGGUUGGGAUGCCCUCAUCCAUGUGCUGCAGACUGAGCCCCAUACACUCUCCCCGGCCGACAGGGCUUCACUGCUCGACGAUGCCUUCACGUUGGUCAAGGCCGGCACCAUCAAUGCGACAGUGGCGUUGAACCUGAGCCUCUACCUUAAGCGGGAGAGCCUGUACAUCCCUUGGCACACUGCCCUGAAUCACCUCUUCAGCUGGGUUCAACUGCUCUUCAACUACCCUGCGCAUACUCUUAUGCUUGAGUAUAUCCACAUCCUUAUAUUGCCUCACUAUGAAAGAGUUGGAUGGAUGGACACAGGCACGCACAUUGAAAGGCUUUUGCGAUCUGAGAUUCUCAUGGCGGCCGUGGAAUGUGGAAAUAUACACGCCAUUGAGGAAGCCCAAAAAAGAUUUGCUGCCUGGCGAAACAAGAAUGAGUCCAUUCCACCCAAUCUCCGCUCUGUUGUCUACAAAACAGGAGUCAGAUAUGGUACAGAGGAAGACUGGAGGCACUGUUGGCAGGUUUACAAUACGUCCUCAAUCCCCAGCGAGAAGAGCCUGAUGCUGAAGGCCAUGGCACAGACUCGCGACCCCUGGCUUAUGCAGCAGUACCUCGAGUACACUCUUGAUGGCUCCAAGAUCAGGCCACAGGACGUGAUGAUUGUCCUGAGGGAGGUGAGCCAAAACCCUGGCGGAAGGCUCUCGGCCUGGAGGAUGGUACGUCAGCACUGGACACAGAUUUCACAGCUCUUCGGCCACGGCUCCUUCACCAUUGGGGCAAUUAUUAAGGCUGUCACUUCUCCCUUUACUUCGGCUUUUGACUUGGGCGAGGUUGAGUCAUUCUUCAGCAAUGUAGAUGUGGGUCCUGGAGAGCGUGCACUUGCCCAGGCACUUGAGACCAUCAGACUGCACAUUCAGUGGCAUGAGCACAACCUGGAUGAUGUGACACAGUGGCUUCACCAACAGCUGUCCAAGCCAGAAGGGAGAGAUGAAUAGGGUUAGACUUAGCCUUCAUAGAA